AUGUUGGUGGCGUCAAAGCAGCCAACACCAACUAUUGAUCAAGGACCGCACGCCCGCACUCGCCUUUGUACUGUUUUCUCACAAACUCCGGCAAACAAGAGGAAGUCUGAACAACAACAAGUUACGGAAAAUAGCGAUGUGGAAUUUGCAACGACUACAUUUCUCCCUCCAUAUACAACUUUCGGUAGGAAGCAAUCUAUACUGAUCCUUUAUCUUGCAUCAUAUGCCGCAUCUUUCUCCCCGCUCUCAUCGUUCAUCUUCUUUCCAGCAAUAGAUGAUAUAUCCGAGGGUCUGCACGUAUCGGUGUCGCGUAUCAAUCUUACUAUCACCUCCUACAUGAUAGUGGCCGGCCUCGCCCCAGCGAUUCUCGGAGAUCUCGCUGAUAAGGUUGGUCGUCGUAUUGUCCAUAUCUUCAUGAUGACGAUCUACUGCGCGGCGAAUAUUGGCUUGGCAUUCCAGAGUAACUGGACAGCUCUCUUUGUACUCCGAAUGGUACAGAGUGCAGGAAGCGCUGCUACCAUUGCACUCGGAUAUGGUGUCGUCUCAGACAUUGCUCCGCCCUCUGAACGUGGCUCCUUGGUUUCGAUUAUGGUGUUGGGACUCAAUAUUGCGACCGCAGUUGGCCCAAUCAUAGGUGCUGCGCUAACCAGCUAUCUCACUUGGCGCUGGAUUUUCUGGUUACUUGCCGUUCUAUCAGGCACUUGCCUUCUCAUGCUAGCUUUCUUCCUUCUGGAGACAGCGCGCUCAAUUGUUGGUGAUGGCUCGGGCCGAGUCUCUGGUCUGCGGCGAACGAUCCUGUCGUAUCUGCAGAGUUUAUCGAAAUCAUUGUCCCAUGAUAAAAGAGACGAACACAGAAACGACCCCAUUACCCCAAACGAAGGGCCCACUGGUACAAUUGUCAGAUCACUCAACCCAUUGGGUAGUUUGAAGCUACUUUGGGCUAAAGACACGUUGUUGAUCACGUUGAUCUUUGGAAUUUUCUAUAUGAACCUGAGCGCUCUGCAGGCUUCCACAUCAACGCUGUUCGUCAGUGUAUAUGGUGUAUCGGGUCUCCAGCUAGGUUUGAUCUAUCUUCCAUCGGGGAUGGGAUACUGUCUCGGGGCAUAUGGUGCCGGUCGUCUUUUAGACCACGACUAUCGUCUGAUAGCAAGAAAGCAUGACAUAAACGUCAAUGUCAGGGCUGGUGAUGAUCUUGACAGCUUUCCGAUAGGAGAAGCCAGGUUUCGGAGCAUCUGGUAUCUUAUCAGUGUUGGAGCUGUUUCCUUGAUCGGUUACGGUUGGGCAAUUCAUUUCCAAGCAAACAUGGCAGUUCCUUUAGUGCUUCACUUUCUUAUAGGAUGUUCCACCGCUAUCAUUUUCAAUAUGUGUGGUACACUGCUGGUAGACGUCCACCCAAAGUCACCAUCAUCAGCGCAAGCAGCAAAUAGCAUCGUGCGAGCAUUUCUCGCUGGGGGUAGUACGGGUCUUGUCCAGGUCUUUAUAGAUGCAAUGGGUGUCGGAUGGACAUUUGCUCUAUUUGGUGUGAAUGGAGGUGCGGUCAGGGCUGGAGAGAAGUGA